AUGGCUUCUUCACUGGCAUCAUCAGUGACCUCGCUCCAGUCCUCUCUUCAGCUUCUCGACAACUCGAUCACCACUCUCGACUCGGGCGUCAAUGACUUUCCCCGCUUGUGCAAAGUCCUUCAAACAACACGGCAUUUCGAACUGCUCCCCGAACCCACUCUCCGCGAAGCCCAGCAAUCUCUUUUAGACGAGAUCACCCCCAGCAUUGCCCACCUUCUCUCCCUAGCCUCAAACCACGUUGAGAGGCUUUUACGACGCGAAGAGGGGCUAAAAGCGAAAUGCGAUCUCCAGGAGGGCCGUCUUUCUUCGAAAUCGGAAGGUAGAGCCUCGGCAAGUCGCGGCCAAAACAAGAGCAGCUCUGCCAUGCGGGGUCAACUCGCGGGGCCAGGCGGUGCCUCCACAGCCAAUGCAGCAUCAAAGGCGGCAGAACUGCGAAGAUUGGUGCAGAAGAAAGAACGUUUGAAAUACGCCGUUGAUCGAUUGGAGUUGCAAAGUACCCAACGUGAGAGGCAACUGAGAAAGAGCAUGGCUGCUCAAUGA